GCUUUAUGGUGUGAAUUUGGGUGGCUUUACCCUUCACAGCCUCCCUGGAUAGAUGGAGCAGUUGUGGCAAAGACCGUGGCGCACAGCAGCAGGCUGCAGCUGAGCGGAGAGAGAGGAGCGCGCAUGAAAACGGGUCUUGGAGAGACCGAGUCAUUCACAUCACUCUCCGCCGGCCAGUCAGACCGCAGACACAUCACAGGGUAACAGAAUUUUGCACAACAGAGGAGGAACCCAUAAAGAGACGCAUGUGGAGUGAUAAAAACACCUGAGGACCGUCGCAACAGGGGAGCGUGACUGACUUCCCACGGAGGAGUGCGCAGAGAGGGUGAGCUCCUUCUCCUUCACUUGGUUCCAAGAUACAAAUUGGAUGUAUACCGAGGAGAUGUGGACUUUGGCGGGACUGAAUUAUUUUUGUUAGUCAGUUCAAUUAACACAGUUGAUUUUGGAUUCAAUUAUUUUUCAAGUGGGUCCCGAGCUGACCACAUCCACAGAGCGGAGCGCACGCCGUCUAAAGAUUUAGAAAACAAUAUAAACAAACUCGCGACUCUGUUUCUAAGACGCCAACCCAGGGAUUUCAUUGCCAGAGAUAAUUUAGGUGGGGUGGCCCAAAUAACUCUUGAAUGUUUUUGAAAGCUGAGCGGUCGUUUUGCUGUGUUCACACAAAUGGGCACGCGAACUAAAGCCAAAGGGGGAAAAACGGCCUCGCAUCUGGAUUACAGCGAGAUGUCAGCAUAAAAAGAGCGGUGAGCUUGAUGUGCUUUCCUACAUGUGAUGAAUUUAGACAUUUAAUCUCGAAUCUCGAAAUGGACUGUUGAGACUUUUGAAUGCAGUUUUCAGCCUAAUUUGUGACUCAUUUUUGGAAAUGCUGUGCCAUGUAGUAACAGGGAGCUGGAUUCAAUAAAUAAUAACACCAAAAAAAAACAAAACAACACGACGCCUAGCUGGGGUGGAUCAGCUUCUAUACAGGCACUAACAUAAUCACACGGACACGCCUAGAGGAUCAUUAAACAAAUCAAAUAAACGCAGCGCGAAAACCAUCGAUAGAAGUUAUUGAUGAGGUGGUAUAUAAGGCUAAUGAUUGGCCAAGCCUCUGUUUACUCGACAGCUCCGCGACAAUAUGGUGUGAAACUUUGAGGCAUCCAGAGAGAGCAGACAAAUGAACAAGGACUUUACUUUUUAUUUAACUUAAUUUUUACUGCUGCUUUAUACUAUUUCAUGACGACUGUGCUUCGAAAAAUAACUGCAAACAUCAGCUGGAAUAUCCCUCCUCCUCUUCCAUCUAGAAUGUCUGCUGCAGCAGGGAUUUACGAACCAGGUAUUUUUGGGCGUCAAGAGAUAUUUUUGAAAUAUUUUUAGCAGUUUUCGUGCAAAGAUGGUGGUUGUGACAAGGAGCUUAUGGAUGACCCAGUCUGUGGGAGAGCUGGUGCCGAGACAAUUGACCUCUCCACCAGCCACGCAGUCCGUCUAAAACUCCUCCCCAGAGAGGCACAGCUGCUGCAGGCUGGGGAUGUGAUGGGGUGACUGUUGACACCCCCCUCACCCACCCCCUAUCUCACUUUAUUAGCAGUGUAAUAUAAACAAUGGAUCAGAAUUUCUCAACGGUACAAGAUGGAAAGCAGCUGCUGCCAGACCGAGACUCGUCUAAACGUGUGCUGACAGGAUGCUUCCUCUUCCUCCUCAUCUUCACCACGCUGCUAGGCAACACACUUGUGUGCGUCGCCGUCACUAAGUUCCGACACCUGAGGUCGAAGGUCACCAACUUCUUUGUUAUCUCGCUGGCCAUCUCUGACCUCCUGGUAGCUCUCCUGGUAAUGCCGUGGAAGGCGGCCACUGAGAUCGUGGGAUUCUGGCCGUUUGGCGCGUUCUGCAACGUCUGGGUGGCGUUUGACAUCAUGUGCUCCACUGCCUCCAUCUUGAACCUGUGUGUGAUUAGUGUAGACCGUUACUGGGCCAUCUCGAGCCCGUUCCGCUAUGAACGCAAGAUGACCCCUAAAGUGGCAUGUCUGAUGAUCAGUGUGGCGUGGACCCUGUCAGUCCUCAUCUCCUUCAUUCCUGUUCAGCUAAACUGGCACAAAGCUCAGACCACCAGCUACGCAGAGCUGAAUGGAACAUACACCGGCGAUCUGCCCCCUGACAACUGCGACUCCAGCCUUAACAGGACCUACGCCAUCUCCUCCUCCCUUAUCAGCUUCUACAUUCCCGUGGCUAUCAUGAUCGUCAUCUACACCCGGAUCUACCGUAUUGCCCAGAUACAGAUACGGAGAAUAUCUGCCCUGGAGCGGGCAGCAGAGAGUGCCAAAAACCGCCACAGCAGCAUGGGGAAUAGUUCGAGCAUUGACAGUGAGAGCUCAUUCAAAAUGUCGUUCAAGCGAGAAACCAAAGUCUUAAAGACGCUCUCAGUCAUCAUGGGAGUGUUUGUGUGCUGCUGGUUGCCCUUCUUCAUCCUUAACUGCAUGGUUCCGUUCUGCGAGCCGAACUUGCCAGACGGUACCACAGACUUCUUCUGCAUCAGCUCCACCACCUUCGAUGUGUUUGUGUGGUUUGGCUGGGCGAACUCCUCGCUAAAUCCUAUCAUCUAUGCCUUCAACGCCGACUUCCGCAAGGCCUUCUCCAUCCUCCUGGGCUGUCACCGGCUCUGCCCUGGGAGCAACUCCAUCGAGAUCGUCAGCAUUAACAACAACAUGGGCGCCCCCAACUCGAACCCCAACUGUCAGUAUCAGCCCAAGAGUCACAUCCCGAAGGAGGGCAACCAUUCAGCCAACUAUGUGAUCCCCCACAGCAUCCUGUGUCAGGAGGAGGAGUUACAGAAGAAGGAUGGAUGCGGACUGGAGAUUGAGGUGGGAAUAGGAAACAACGCCCUGGAGAAACUCUCCCCAGCCAUCUCUGGGAAUUUAGACAGCGACACUGAGGUCACCCUGGAAAAGAUCAAUCCCAUAACACAGAACGGACAGCAUAAAACCGUGCAAUGUUGAGAGGAGGCAAAUAUUGAUCGGAGUACACCGAGGCAUGGAUGUACACACAAAGGGAAGAAAAGCUCACACAGGAGGACGGCAAACGUAACAAAAGAGACGAUUAUCUUUAAUAAGAACAUGCCUGACAGGGAAACACUGAGUGGGAUAUACGGGACCUUAAGACUGUCAACAAAAAUCUACAUGGAAAAACCUACAGAAUGUUUUAAAGUAAAGGCACUUUAUCCUGGAUAUAACUAUCUGCAAAAUACUCUCAGCAUUUAUUGAUGAAAUUGACACAUUUGAUGAUAAAUGUUGAUAAUGUGAAUAUUAAAGCAGAACACUAGCUUUGUGCACAUGUAUACAUUUGUUUUUACAUUUACAAAGAUGUAUACAUCUGCAUGUGUAUACUGUACAGUACUGACACAAUCCUGGAAGGACUUAAACACAGUAUAUACAGUGGAGGAAGAUGUAGUAACUAUUAGCAAAAUGUCUUGUAGGUAGGUGCUUUGUAUGUGUUUUAUGGAAGAGAGAGCAAUGUAAAUUGAUUUUCAGUACAGAAUAAUUAGUUGUUUGUUGCAGUUGUUUCUCUUCAGUACAUUUCUAAUGACAAUUUUAUUGCUAAAUCAAAACACCUCAGACACCAAAGUGACAGUAUUCUUAUUCAAUCUAAAACAGGCAGGGGGCAGAUAAUGCAGUUCAGAACCGUAUGCCAAGUCAUAUAUUUAUGAAUAUUUCAUUUUUACACCCCCCCUACCCAUGUUAUCUCACAGUAUCUCCAGAUAAGGAAAAGUCACUCCUAUUGUCUACUUCCCUUUCCUUGUAUCCUAUUCUGACCAUCCUACAAGUCCUCCUGGGACAGAUUAGACGUUUCCUCCAUUUUGUCUCUUUACGCCUGGUUUUCAUUAGCUUUGUCUCCCCUCUCUGUCGCUCCUCAGCAAACCCUCUCUUGGGCCCUACAGUCUCCUCUCCUUUCCAUUUUCCAGCUCCUCUUUCCUCAGUCAGCAAAGUCCCUUCCUCCCUCACGCUGCCCUUAUUUCUUCAGCGCUGUCAACCUCUUCUCUCUUCCCUCCUCCCCACUGUUCGCUCAGUCAGCACGGUCCUUUUACACCUGCACCAUACCUUCCUUUUAUGUUUUUCUUCGUCUGUCUGCCUCCUCCUUACCGUCUCCCCUGGCAGCCCUCCAUUUCAUUACUCUGCCCACUUAAAGUGAUACUUCUUAUUCUAUUUUUUCGCAAAUGCCGUCAGUCCAUAAUUCAACAAGAAUGUAAAUCUGUAAACUAAAACUCCUGCACUCGGACAGAAGAGGCAGCAGCAGAAGCAGCAGCAGCAGAGUUUACUUAGCUGUAAUGCAAGUGACACUCAGUGACCUUUUGCCAACUUGCAGAUAUGUGAUUUUGUAAAUCGCUCAUGCUGGGAGCCAUGCUGUGCUGUAGUGGCGAUUUAGAACAAUGCAGUGUGACUGUGUUUGCAGGGGUGGAGUCCAAGACAAACCACUGUGGUGAGGAUCACCUUCAAGAUAUCAAACAUAUUUCUAUUGCCACUCCUCUCACAGUCAUUUGUUUAUGCACUGUAGCAUUUAUAUAUAUAUACCGUAUAUAUAUGCACUGAUUGCACUGAUGUUUUAUUCUAAUAAUAAUGAUAAUAAUUUACAAUGUGUAGUUUUACAUGCAAGGUUGAGUUUGAGUACAGCAAGUGAGACAAUGUGAACAUUUGCUUACCAUUGGCCAGUGUAGGGCUAGCGACUCUAAUGUCCAUUAUAGAGCUAAUCUAUAGCUUGCUAAAAUUAGCUAACAUUAGCCCCCCUAAAUUACUGGGCAUACCAGCAGCAAAACCUCUGAGUGUAUCUAAUUGAGCAAUGCUCUAUGUUAUUGCUUAUGAAUUCAACUUUUCCUUUUGUAAGACAAAAAUUGUGCUAUUUCUUCUUUCAAAAGUUACAUCAUUUUAAGUUUGAGUUUCAUGUAUUUGUGCCAAAAACAAACAAAGGCCAAAGAACAUAAGAACAUGAAUCUAGAGAGUGUGGAAAAAGUCCCAUGGGCUAUUUAUUAUCUCUACAUAACAUAAUUCAGAAUGUCAAAGAUAUACAGUAUGUGGCUCACUGUUUUUUUAAUCCUUUGAAUUACAUUAAAUUGCGUUUUCAGAGUUUAAAUAAAGGCAAACCCUAUACACAUAAUGAUCAGACAUUAUUAGCUCUCUGUGGAAGCCUGUACAGCUUUGAUGUGUUCAGUGUUGCUGGGGAAAAGAAUGCACAACAGAAAGCUUUCUGACAUUGUAUGCUGAGCGUCCACCGUGUGCUCGGUGUGUCCAUGAAGGCGUGAAACUGUUGCACAUCAGAGAAAGGAAGAGCUGAUUCAAUAGAAAGCAAUUGGUCUUGAAUGAAGCAUUUGAUUUUCCUGCUCUGGAAAAUCCAAUGCUAUCUAGAUGGCAAAAAAAGGGAGGGGAAAGCUUUUAGCUCAAUAUGUGACUUGGCUUGUGACACAAAAGCAUUGUCCUCUCUGCUGCCCUGUUCUCGGCUGCUGCUAGCUGCUGCUCCAUCACUUUAAAACAGACAUUUAUGAACCGGAAUUUAGAUUAGGGAUCUUUUAUUAUGAAUUAAUUAAAUUUUCCGAGUAAUCAAAUUCUAUUUCAAGUGCCACAAAUACUAAAACGUUCCCUUCUACUCCCAUGCCUUUUAGAAACUCUCAACCAUAUCAGCUCAGUAACUCUCCCUUUUCUCUCUUCAUCAGUUCUUCUUGAUUUACUCCCUAAUUAUUUCCCAACACAAGCCAGCUCAAACAUGCGAGAAAACAUGAACUGCACAUAAUCUGUCAGGCCUGGACAUGGAGGGGAACUGCCUUGGGGAAGAUUUGGUUUCCCCCCUCCACCUCCACCCCACCCUCCCUUUUCUCCAUCUCUUUUUCUUUUCUCUUGGCUGCCUCUGUCGACUUGAUGAGUGUUCCCAAUGUUAACACAGAUUGAAUUUCUUAUUAAACAGACAGGGCCUACUGUUUCCCUUCUGUGGUUUGAGUUAAAUCGCUGAAUCAAAGCCCCACCUGGCCGUUUUAUUAUUAUUAUUAUUAUUGCUGUUGCCAAAAUGUUUACUUUUGGCUGAAUGUGACUGUACUGUAGCUUAUGCUGUGAUUUAACCAGUGUUUUAUAAACUGACAUUUAGUGGGUGGGGGUAUUCUUAAUGAUAUAGAGAUUAAUCUGCCAUUUGUUGUGACAUCAUUGGCAUUUACAGGUUUACCAGACGCUUUUUCGUAUAUGCUGUAUGUACACAUUUAUAGAAACAUACCUCCAGCUGUGAGUUGAAAUGAUCUCUGCUGUAUUUUGUCUCCAUGUAAAGCCCCCCUGAGCCCUCACCUUGUCAACUCGGUGAGUCAUCUUUCCAGAUGCCACUGCUUUGAUUUUGGAGAAGGGCGAUGUCAGCCAACAGUCCCACAAGCGAGAUGUUUUGUUUGAUCCAGAGCAUUUCCUCCAGGCUGCCCUAUACAUGUUGCUUUGGGGAGCUGUGGUGACAGUACACGGUCUCGCAAUCAGUGUACUUACAUGGCGUAUGACAACUUAAGCAAAUGUGACAGUGCAGAAUCCAUCUUCUCCCUCGGAUGGCGGACCAAGGGACGCAGCAGACGUAGGGCCGAACAACACUCCCGGGCCUUGGGGAUGUGGUGGUGAUGUUUCAGCUCACUUAAACUGUCUGGAUAAUGACGGAGUCCCUACCUCGACAUCAAUUCAGUGACAAAGCUUCAUGUACAAAAUUAAAUUGCAGUAUUUAGGGUUGGGGGAGUGCAGGGAUAGAGUAUUGUACAAUGAUGUUCAAAAUGUAGUCGUGAUGAACACAAGUGCUUUUUAUCUUCAAGAAUCCUUAAUGUGUGUAGCAAGCUUACACGCUGUAUGUUUUCUCCAGUGUGGGAUUAUAAUUUACAGGAAGAUGCAGCAGUCACUGACUAUUUAUAUAUUUAUUUAUUUACAUGUUUCUGGUGUUCAUUCAUGAACGUGAUGUCAAAGAUUAUAACCCUCAGAAUAAUUACAAUAUUUAGUUUACAGUUUGUACAAAACAAAUAUGUGCCCUUCUUGUAAAAUAAACAUGUAUGUAUUUUUUUUUCAUCUGUGCCCACUGAGUUGUGCUUAUUUGUGAGGGGUGUGUGAAAGCGAGUGGCGUUGUAUCUUUGACAGUGAGUGGCUAUUGGAAGAUCAUGUCGCUGCAUAGGAUCGAUGGAGAUUGAUUUUGAACGGUGACGCAUAUUUUUUUCCAGCUCCCUGAGCGCGGUGUCCUCGCUGUGUUCCUGCCUUCGCCCCGCAUUUACAUAACCUGACAACCACUUGACAGUUGACACGUCCUCUUGCUCGGCUCUCUGACCCGCCUCAUUUGUUAACUUAAACGUUGGCUCAAUCCACAUGCAGGCUCAAAUGCACACACAGUAACAUUUUAAAAGAUAGAAUCCACAACAAUAAAGGAACAUUAUCUACACAUUUUAAUCAGAUUAUAACAUAUUUAAGAGUCUGAAUUGGAUUUAGCUCACAGCUAUGACUAUCCCACCUUUUUAUUUAGCAUGUAUAGAGCCUGGAAUGAUCAAUAGUCUCUUUUCAGAUCACUUGGUUGGAGCUUGUUUCAUCUGCUUACACCUGAAGGCAAAAAUAAAUAAAUCUAAAUCAGUCAGACUACUCACAAACACUUGACAAAACCCAUGACCUCAAUGUUAAACUGUCAGAUCGUAGAGUUACACUUCAAAGCAUUGCUUUGCAUAUCCCUGGUGAAUUAAACAAUGUAAGAAUCAACAUUUAAAAGGAUUAGUUUGGUGCUUAAUCUCAUUUAACACAUCUUUACAUUCGCUCUGUAUUUAGUAAAGGUCAAUAUAUCGUAAUUGGGUAGUAUACCUCGAGAAUAGCCUCACUUUCAAUUAUUUUGUAAUUAUUAUUAUUUUGGCAGUCUACGGAGCAGUGGGAUGCAGUCAAGUGAAAAAUUACAGAAGCAAAUCUGUAGCAUCCCAUUGGCUCACUGCUCUGUAGCUUCCAGUGCAGCUUUAACUAACAUCUGCUUGAUUUUGUCUCUCAAACACACAUUUUUUGGAGUAAUUUCAACUGUAUUAUGUGUACUGUGUAUUAUAAUACAUAUGGAAAAAUGCAACGUGUCCAUCUGUAUAGGCACAUACAAUAAGUGUGUCAUGUAAAUAUUUACACAUGACCAGUUUGUUUCUCCCAUAAUACUCUCACAAGUUCAUCCAGUGCUCUUAAUUUGAAAUCCCACCUAAUUUAGAGCACAUGAGUGGCAGCAAUGCACACUGGUUACUGCGACGGCAGUUGGAAGUGCACUUCAAAUGAAUUGUAUUUGGUACAAUAUGUUUGCACAAGGGAAAUGGCAAAGUGAUUUUCACAAGUUCUCAAGUUGUCAAAUAUGCUGCAUAACCACCAAACACAGCAUUGGUGGCGUCUGUUUAAAUAAUUCAUGAUUGAUUCAGAUUUGUUGCAGAUCAGCUCGAUGGUUUCGGAGAAAGUUUACAACCCUGACGUACUCUCAGACAGUACAAGGAUUCAAACAACUCUUAUUUGUAGCAGUGUAAUUUAACAGUGAAGUGUCACUUGAUAUUUAAGCAAUAGGUUCACUACCUUGCUGCAGUUUCUCACUGAGCUUAAACACAGACCUGUCGGGGGCAAUCAUUUAGCUUUCCAACACCAAAAUAAAUCUCCCUCCGAAAACAAGAAGCUUACAGGGUUGCAAAGCAUGCUUUCCAUAAGCUUCAAUUGGCUUUAUUUUGUACAACAAAUGGUUGCAAUCAUUUAAAUUGAUUGAACAUGUAGAAACACGGCCGACUAUCCUGUAAGCUAUCCUAUUAGAAAGGGAGAUGUACCACGGUGUUUGAAGAUCUAAUCGGUUUCCCAUUGAAAUGUGCUUAAGCCCAGUGAGAGGCAGCAGCAGAGUGGUGCCUUUAUGAGAUCUAAAGCUAUCCAUAAAUGAUGGGAAACAACACAAUUAACCUGGAUUCAAGAACAAUAACAUACAAACUAUAAAAUGCUGCCACAGCCCUGUGUAUUGAUGUUUAAC